GGGCUCCCUAGGCUUUCCAGGGCCCAAAGAGCCUAAACCAGGUGUUGACCGGCCCCUAACCGCGUCAGCCUGGGUCUAGUGUCCACCAGCCUGAGCCGGGGCUCCCUAGGCUCCUCGGGCGCCCGCGUAUUGCCGAACUCUUUGUAGACACAUGUGGCUGUCCUGCCACGACAAAAGUGAACUCGAUCCAACAACUACAUCGAUAUUUACAAACAACGACCAUUUCUCUCCACCAUCAUCCUGGAUUAGGUCGUCAUUGCUCAUCCGUUCGUUUCUCCGUCCGGGCUACUACAGUCGUUGGUCACGUCCGUUACCGUUGAGCCUCUAAGAUCUUCAUCUGAUCGCAAUCGCAAUUGCACCACGCCCACUCGUCCCCUUGCCAUCAGUUUCACAAACACCGGACGACAUACAGGACGACUUGGCUUGUCACGAUUGUCGAGAUGCCCUUCAGCGAUUCUCGAUAUCAACGCACGUGUUGACUUCCGUAUUGAAUACGGUCGUCGUCAAACAUGUCUUCGCGUGAUAGGACGCCCCCGAAACCGACCAGCCCGCAGUUAAUACCCUUGCAAGAUCUCUCGAGACCUCCGGACAAUCCACCUUCUGCCUCCGAAGAGCCGUCGACUUCUACAAGAGGGAUAUUUGGCCAUGGACAUCGGCAUAGUCGGACCAGGUCGCUGCUGACCGGGCGCCGGGCGCCCAACUAUGCCCGGCUAGAUGGAGACUCGCCUACAAGAACUGGACUUUCGCGCGAAGGUGUCGGAUUAUCAAUACGAGGUGGCAGUGGUAGAGAUUCGCCCCUUGAAGAUGCUGAAGGGUUUGCGGCAGCCACGGUCGGGUUGGAACUCCCCCAUCCGUCCACGCCCCCUAUAGCUCGGAUGCGACGCCCUACAAUCAUUACCACGCCUGCAGAUGGAGAGGGCAAUGAUCACGAGGCCGAGAGUAUGUUCUCCCCUCCGGACAACGACACAACGCCCUUGACGGAAGGUCAGCGCGCUCCAUCAUUGAAAACUUCGAGCUCGACGUCGAGAGACCAGCCACAUGACAGGAAAAGACGAGCCAGUGUCCGCUGGCUUGACGGCGAGUCGCCAUCACUCGUACGUGGCCGCGCAAAUUCACGACUUGGAGAUGAUCUCCCUACGCUUGAGACGAACGCCGCCAUACACCGAAAGCUGAGCACCGGCAGCAGUAUCGGCCGCAAGGGAUCCUCAGCGGUGGACGACUCUAGCGAACGCUCGAGGUCCUUGUCACCUUCUCCAUCUCCAAUAAUGGCCAGGGCCAAUUCCAUGCUUCGAGAGAUUUCUCAGCGAGUCGUCAAUUUGAGUAAUGAUUCGGACAUGGUAGAGCGCAGCAUUCGCCGGAAGUCAUCUGUACGUGAGCGUCGCCCGAGCACUUCUGUAUCUCCAAUGGCAGACGAGGAAUUAGCACCGCCACCUGAAUCGCCUUUGGAGAAAGUCCCCUCCAUGGAGGCGCUGCCAGUUCCUGUUCAACCUAUGUAUCAUCCAAACCCUCUGCUUGGGAAAACGUGGGGCAUUUUUGGACCCGAGAACAAGCUUCGGAAAUGGCUCUGCGAGAUCUUGGUGCACCCUUGGACGGAACCCAUAAUCUUGCUGUUGAUUAUCACUCAAACCGUCUUGUUGGCCGUGAAUGCCGCAUCUCGCGCGGUCUACCUUCAGACAAGAAAGGAAGCAUGGGGAAGCACUGGAUUCGACUACGCCAUCUUCGCGCUGUUCAUCAUCUAUACUCUCGAGCUUAUAGCCCGGACCAUCGUUUCAGGCUUCAUCUCCAACCCGCGGGAGUUUAGCACGAUCAACCGGUCGGUGGGCGUGAGAAAGGCUGUUCUGCAAAAGGCCCACACACUCCUUGCUCCUCAGCAUGAUCGGCAGGUACCGUCCAUGGCCAAUGAGGCACCCAGUCAACCCUCGAUCGUCCGCACAUUCACCGGUCUCCCCGAGCCGGGAGGCCCGGGUCACACCAAACAGCAGCAAAGGAUAAGGCUCGCCCGAAGGGCUUUCCUUAGGCACUCAUUCAACCGACUCGACUUUGUCGCUGUUGUCUCGUACUGGAUAUCUUUUGUCAUGCAGAUUGGUGGGAUCGAAGACAGCUCCCACGUCUACGUCUUCAACAUGCUGAGUUGUCUACGGAUCCUACGGCUGCUAGGUCUUACGGCAGGCACUUCGAUAAUCUUACGGAGUUUAAAGAAGGCAGCUCCUCUGCUGGUCCAUGUGGCAUUCUUGAUAUGCUUUUUCUGGCUUAUUUUUGGCAUUAUUGGCGUCCAAAGCUUCAAAUCCAGUCUCAGACGGACAUGCGUCUGGGUCGGCGACGACGGGUCGGGCCAGAACUACACCCAGAACGUCGCCCCGGACAAUAUCCAAUUCUGCGGCGGAUACUUGAACGCGCAGACAGGUGAGCCUAUGCCGUGGCUGAAACUCGAUGGUCGAAACGGAACAGGUACCCCCAAAGGCUAUCUUUGCCCGCAAAACUCGAUCUGCGUCGAGGGCUCUCAAAGUCCCUAUAAUGGAACGGUCAGCUUUGACAACAUUGCACAGUCCCUAGAACUCGUCUUUGUCAUCAUCAGCUCCAACACCUUUUCAGAUCUUUUAUACUACCUCACCGACUCUGACUACCUCGCCGCAGCACUCUUCUUUGCUGCAGGGAUAGUUGUCCUUAGUCUGUGGCUGGUCAACUUGUUGGUUGCAGUCAUUACUUCAUCCUUUCAGAUCAUUCGGGAGGAGAGUAAACAGAGCGCGUUCACCGCUGAGAAGAUUGACGGACCACAUCUCGAUGAGGAUCCGUUGGCAAACAGAAGUCAGCUGAAGAAAAUGUUCGACAAGACCCACUGGUUCUGGAUCCUCCUGAUUGUGUACGAUUUGGUGGUACAGAGUCUUCGCAGUUCCCGCAUGUCAGAGACAAGGAGGAGUUUUAUCAUGAAUUCCGAAACGGUUGUCACGCUGCUUCUGCUUAUUGAGAUAAUCUUGCGCUUCUUGUGUGACUGGAGGCACUUCUUUCGUGGGAAGCGGAAUUGCUUCGAUCUCUUUCUUGCCGUUGUCACCACUAUCAUACAAAUUCCGCCAAUCCGGAACUCUGGCGCAGCAUACGACUGGCUCACAGCCUUUCAGAUUGCCCGUAUCUAUCGAGUGGUGCUGGCUGUGAGGGUCACCAGAGAGCUGGUCAUGAUUGUCUUUGGCAACAUUGUUGGGCUACUCAACCUGAUCCUGUUUGUGUUCUUAUUCGCGUUUCUGGCUGCAAUCCUUGCGUCCCAGCUGUUCAGAGGCGACUACCCUCCAGUGGACCCCUCGGGCGAGACAAUUCCAGUGACAUUCUUUGAUAUAUGGAACUCGUUCCUGGGAAUGUACCAAGUCUUCUCGAGUGAAAACUGGACGGAGUUGAUGUACAACGCCACCCAGUUUAACCUCAUUUGGAACACCGCCUGGCUCAGCGCGAUUUUCUUCAUCUUGUGGUUCAUUAUCUCCAAUUUGAUUGUGCUCAACAUGUUUAUUGCUGUCAUCCAAGAAAGUUUCGACGUUUCGGAAGAUGAGAAACGGUUACAGCAAGUAAAAGCGUUCUUGAAGCAGAAAGAGAUCAGCGGUUCUGCAUCUGGAAACCUGACACUUGCGGCAGUCUUCAAGAUGGGGCGAGAGUCCAUCCGGCAUCGUGAUGCGCUCGAAUACGGCUCAGCUACCGUUGAGCAGCUCCUGAAGGAGGCAGUGGUGAAAGACUUCCUGGAUGAGCAGGAGGGCGGACUCCAGAAGCGCCCCACUUCGAUGCACCUUCCUCAGCACAUCGCGGUGAAGCCGGGGCUAAUAUCAAAAUAUUGGGGCAAAAUAACUGGCCUCAAUAGCCACAAAGAACCUAAUCCCUUCUAUUCGAAUGCCCACGUCACGCGCGCCAACGAGGAAUUCGAUCCCCGUGCCGCAGCAAAGCGAGUGGUUAUGACCACCGAGAACCGUCGUCGAGCACAGCGUCAAUACUUGCAGAGACACCCGAAGUACAAUGUGUCCUUGUUCAUAUUCAAGCCGCACAACCCAAUAAGGAGAAUGUGUCAAUACCUUGUUGGUCCGGGGCGUGGGAGCGAAAGGGUGGAAGGAGUCUCCCCAUAUAGGCCAGCUUGGUAUGCAUUUUCCGCUUUCACAUACGCCGCGAUCGUAGCAAUGGUCAUAUUGGCAUGUAUCACCACUCCGUUGUAUCAGCGGGAAUAUUAUCUGAACAACAACCUGAGCAUCACAAACUGGUUCGUGUGGACGGAUCUUGGGUUUGCAAUCCUGUUCUCGGUGGAGGCGAUCAUCAAAGCCAUUGCAGAUGGUCUCUUCUUCACGCCUCACGCCUAUUUCCGGAGCGUUUGGGGCUUCAUCGAUGGCGUGGUGUUGAUUACUCUCUGGAUCAACGUGAUCACAACCAUGUUUCGUGAUGACGGAGUCUCCCGUGCCGUUGGUGCCUUCAAGGCUUUAAGAGCAUUGCGGCUACUCAAUAUCAGCGACACAGCUCGCGACACCUUCUACUCGGUCAUCAUCAUUGGCGGUUACAAAGUUCUUGCUGCCGCAUUCGUCUCCAUGAGCUUGCUGAUACCCUUCGCCAUUCUCGGAGUGAACCUCUUCAAUGGGAAAAUGCAAGCCUGUAAUGACGGCGAUUUCGGCUACAGUGCAUUAUCGAACUGUGUGGGCGAGUACAACUCAACGCCUUUCAACUGGCCUGUACUGGCACCACGGCAGGUUGCCAAUCCGUGGUUCAGCUUUGACGAUUUUGGUAGUGCCUUGUUCAUCCUCUUCCAGAUUGUCUCCCAGGAAGGUUGGGUCAGCGUCAUGUGGUCCGGAACAAGCAUCACAGGAAGAGGACUACAACCUCAGCCGUUUGCGUCUCAGGGAAAUGCGGUCUAUUUCAUCAUCUUCAACCUGUUGGGUGCCGUCUUCGUGCUGACCUUGUUUAUAUCCGUGUUUAUGCGCAAUUAUACGGAGCAGACAGGCGUGGCCUUCUUGACUGCGGAACAACGUUCAUGGCUCGAAUUGCGAAAGCUGCUCAAACAGAUCUCUCCAUCCAAGCGUUCGAUCCGCGAAAGGAGCGCCAGCUGGCAGAAAUGGUGUUACAAUCUAUCGAUCAAGAAACGAGGAAAGUGGCAACGUUUCAUCACGACCGUCUUGGUCCUUCACCUGAUCCUUCUCACCAUCGACUUCUAUCCGGAGCCUUCGUGGUGGGAAACGCUGAGGGAAGGUAUUUUCUUGAUGUUUACGAUCAUUCUGAUCGCCAACAUUGCGAUCAGGAUAUUUGGACUCGGAUGGCAACGAUUUCGACGCAGUGCUUGGGAUAUCUACUCCAUCUUCGCUGUGUCAGGGAUCUUCAUCACAUCGCUAAUCGCGCUUGCGCGGGUCACCAACAACAGCCGAGGAUUUGAUCAACUCCACAAGCUCUUCCUGGUGUCGGUGUCAUUCCUCCUCAUUCCACGAAACAAUCAGCUGGACCAGCUGUUCAAGACAGCUGCUGCAUCUCUCCCGCUUAUAGCGAAUCUUCUGGCCACCUGGUCCGUCCUGUUCUUGGUCUACGCAAUAGCCUUUACACAAACGUUUGGACUCACCCGGUUCGGUGACAACGAAAGCAACAACGUCAACUUUCGAACGGUGCCGAAGGCGCUGAUCCUUUUGUUCCGUACGAGCAUAGGUGAAGGAUGGAACCAAAUUAUGGAAGACUAUGCCGGCAUUACACCGCCGCUGUGCGUUCGGGAAGCUAGUUUCUUCGACAGCGACUGCGGCAGUUCGUCAUGGGCGAGAGCGCUUUUCAUUUCGUGGAACAUCAUCAGCAUGUACAUUUUCGUGUCUUUGUUCGUGUCGAUGAUCUUCGAAAGCUUCUCGUACGUAUAUCAACAGAGCAGCGGCAUGUCCAUUGUCAGCCGUGACGAGAUUCGGCGUUUCAAACAAGCCUGGGCUGACUUCGACCCGAACGGCACCGGAUAUAUUUCCAAGGAACAGUUCCCGCGAUUAUUGGGGGAACUGUCCGGUGUCUUCUCGAUGCGGAUUUACGACGGUGAUUUUACGGUGCAGAGCAUUAAGGAGGAUUGCUCAGUGAAACCAGGCGAUUCUGUCAGACCCGGCGCGAGAAUAGUCGAAGGGAUUGAUCUCGAUAAGUUGGCGGAACGAGUCAACCAGAUUCCCGUGGCAGAGAUACGGCGCCGACGCGAGCGGAUGAAUGUCUUCUACCAUGAGGUCAUGCUGACGGCAGAUCCGGACCGGGGGAUUCCUUUUACGGCGUGCCUCUUUUUGUUGGCACAUUACAACGUCAUCACCGACUCUCGCAGUCUACGACUGGAAGAAUUCCUCCGCCGACGGGCACGCCUCCAGCGGGUUCAGGAGACGAUUCGACGCAAUACUGUUGUUGGUUUCUUUGACACACUUCACUGGUCACGAAAAUUCAAACAAGCCCGAGAGAUGAGGCGGAAUUCGCGACUCGGUGGGCCACCGUCGCUGCCGGUUCCCGAGAUCUUUAUCGACAACCCAGAUGAUGCUAUCGAAGAGGGCAGUAGCAGUGCUGCCCAGCCUCACGACUUUACCUCGUCCACACCGACAUAUAAUACGCCCAAGAAACAAGCAGCACCCAGCCUGCCACCCAUCGAUACGUCGUUCCAGCCUCGAGACUCGUUACGGUCUGCUUGGUCGUUUGUGCCGGAUGAUUCGCCCCGAAGCAGUCCUGUGCGGUCGCCACGGUCACCAGGAUUUGACCCUACGGACAGGUCGUAUUCGCCCGGGGCAUCGCCGACAGCCACAACGCCGAGACCGAGUCUAAGUCAUAGCCGGCAUGGCAGUACUGCCACCACCACCACCGGCGGGCUUGGAGAGCACGGGAUUAUGGAAAGCUUUGACGCCUCGGCCUGGGGUGAGAGUAUCCGGCGCAGCUUUACGACGAGGAGAUCACGAAGCGAGCGAAGCGAUCGUAUCCAGUAAUCGCACGUGAAAGCCAAUUACAACAAUGUUAUAUGUGACGAAAAGGAAAAAGUGACGAAGGAUGACGACGGACAUGAAAGGUUUUCUUUUUUUGGCUUUUGGUUUUUGGUUUUUGCUUCAUUGUAGAUAUUGAAAUUGAUCAUCCCGCGUCGAACGGAUGACGGGGGACAAAAAUACCGGCAAUGCAGUGCAAUGGGGAACAGGGACGAAAACAUAGCGAAGGCGUUUUUACGAGGUCAAAUUGGAACAAGGAAAAAAGAUCAUCAAGCAGAGAAGAGAGGUUACCUACGUUACAGCACGGCUUGGGGCAAUAACAUUGGGAUGGCCCUCUGUUGUUUCGUGUCGACUACCUACCUUACCCGCCUACAUUGACGUUACGUGCAUUGCCUGCACUGAGGUACUGAAAUACCGGACUUGCUGAGGCGGAAUCAGAGGCGGAUGUUUUAUAUACGUCUCUAUAGAGUGAAGGGAGAGUUUUCUUGUUUCUGUUUCAAGGAGACAUGCAAAACAAGAUACAAUUAAUGGAAAGUGAUUGAAGCUACUGUACUUUCUGAGCACUCUGCUGAGGUACAGUGCUAGUACCUGGA